AUGAAACAAGUAACUUGAUUUUCUUGCUUGUAAAAUUAUUGGAGAUGAUUGCUGACUAGGCGUGCGCUCCAGUUAACAUUUGGUCCCAUCUUCUGGGUGGUCUUAUGUUUGCCACGCUACCGAUAUUUGUAUACAUCACUAUUCUGCCUCGAUAUGACAACGCCCGAACAGGAGAUAUCAUUGUAUUCUCGAAAUUCUUUUUUGGAGUCGCUAUUUGUUUUUUCCUGUCAGCAUAGUAAGAAUAUGCCCCUUCAGUCAUUGUUCGUGAUCUGACGAAUCAUAGUUUCCAUGUCGUAGCAAACCAUAGUGAAAAAGUAGCAGCUUUUGGAAAUCAACUUGACUAUCUGGGCGUGGUAGUCCUGAUGUGGGGAUCGACUAUCCCUUCUGUGUAUUACGGAUUCUAUUGUAAUGCGAGACUUCAGAAGAUUUAUUGGUCCGUGGUCAGUUUGGCGAAAAGAUAAACUAUAGUCUUUUGUUACGUACCUUCACCUUAACGAUCACACCGCUGACGUGAUACUCUUAGAUCUCUAUAUUGGCAGUGGCAUGUGUAGUAACAACACUAAACCCGAGAUUCCGUCAUCCCUCACUUUGAGCACAUCGCGCGGCGAUGUGCUCAGGGCUUGGUCUUUCGGCAAUUGUAUUUAUCAUACACGGCCUCAUUAUCUACGGUUGGGAGAUCCAAACACAAAGAAUGAGUCUGGCUUGGAUGGGAUUGAUGGCUUUACUAAAUCUGAUUGGCGCUGCAAUUUAUGCUUCUCGACUAAGUGCCCUUUUGUUCUUGACACUAACAAGUAUUAAUCGUGUUUCAGAUUCCCGAAAGAUGGUAUCCCAUGACACAUGAUAUUUUUGGUACGAGCCAUCAGAUUCUUCAUUUCAUGGUGAUUUUUGCGGGUCUAGCACAUAUGGUUGGUUUACUAAAGGCUUUCGGUCACUUGCAUAGCCAGCAGAGCCCUUGUCCAUAG